AUGGUGAUUUUGAGGGAUCUGAGACAGGCGUCACGUUACGAAAUAGCAGUGUCAGCUUUUACUUCUAAAGGCAAAGGACCACGCUCGUCUUGGUAUUCAAUAGCCACAGGUAAUACAUUAUUUUGUUUGUAGCGGAUACAGAUUCUUAUGUCAGUCUCUUUUUUAGAGGGAAUCAUAAUUUGGGCAACUCAAAAUCAUUUUUAAAUUAAUGGUUCUUAAUUCUUAAAAGUACUGGAUUAAUUAAAUCACCAUCAAAUCAUUCAUGAAUAAAUAGUAUAUGUCUCACCACAGCAAUUUACGAGCAGCCUACUCAAAUUUUUGCAGUACACUCAAACAUCUUUUCAGUAAUUGUGCUCAAAUUAUGAGUGAUUCCUCCAAAAAUGUUUUACAAUUUGUAUAGGAUUGAAUGGAGCCCAAAUCAAUUGUGGAAUUGGGCACAUUUUUGGCAUCUUACUGAUGAACAUUUACGACUUACAGAUAUUUCGAGCAACAGAAAUUUGCCGUCUGCCCUCUUUGAAGGAAUACAAUGCCUGUGAUAGUCUCAUUUUGACACUUUUUACAACGAACAGUAUUGAGGCGUUUAAAUAUUCCGUGCUAACCGUUUACUCGAAGCGAGGAAAAAUGGUUCACUAGAAAUUCUAUUUUAACAUAAGAAUGAAGUGUAAUCUCUACUGACAUACACUUUCUCAACAAAGGCCCCCCUUCUUUUUGUUUGUCUGUUUGUUUCUGCCUUUAAGUAAACAAUAACCUAUGAGUUUUUCUAUUCACAAUCACCACCUUUCAUCAUUAGCCUCUUAUUCCAGUCUUCUGGCUGAAAGUAAACUUUGAAUGGUAUAGUUUUAAGUUAUCAACAAAUAAAACAAAACAAAAAAUGAAUGGAUUUCUGUGCAGGUCUUUAUGAUACUCGUUUUAGAUAUCUUUGAAAAAGAAAUCUGCUUCGUUCCUCCAAAAAAACUAUAAUAAUAAUAAUAAUAAUAAUAAUACUGAUAAUAAUAAUGAUAAUAAUAAUGAUGAUGAUGAUGAUGAUGAUAAUGUUGUUGAUGGUGAUGAUAAUGUUGUUGAUGGUGAUGAUGAUGAUGAUGAUGAUGAUGAUGAUGAUGAUGGUUAUGAUAAUGAUAAUAAGGCAGUGAAAGGGGCCCUGCAGAUUUUUCCUUGUAUGGCCGACCAGUCCUGCCAAUAAUAUUCCGAACAUCUAUUUAACUUCUUGUCUGGUUAUUCCGUAGGUUGCGGAGGAAGUAUAAACCAGUCAUUUGGCCAGCUACAAUUUGGCCGGAAAGGUUUAAUUAAUAACGGUUAUCUGCUGUGCACCUGGCAUAUUGGAAAUGUAGGAAUCAAGCAAGCAGUCGCACUUAUGUCAAUACAAGAACUCUACCUGUCAUAUUACUAGUGAGUUAAAUGAAACAAUGUCUUUUCAUGGGGAAAUAAGAUUUAAGUUUUGUCCUUUUUUGUUUGACGCCUAGCAGUUGUUUCGCAAAAUUUAGAACUUGUAGAGUAUAAUAUCAAUGGCAAGGGAUAUGUAUUACGUCUGUAUGGUGCAAAUGCGUUGAAAGUUGAAUGGAUGGACAAACGGGUGGACGGAUGGACGGAGGGAUGAUUUGGAUAAUAAAAUGGCUGCUUGCUAGAUUGGAAAGGUGUUGGGGUGAAACGACAGCGAGAGUAGAUGAGGGUAAGGAUGGAUAGUUGUUGAGUGCGUGGUCGGUGGUUGGAUGGACAUAUGUAUGGGGAAAAAGUUGAUUGGACCUAGAGAUGGGAGGAAGGAAAGAGGUAAUGAAAUAUUAAACGUGACGGGAAAAGACAGAAGGGGCGAGGGAGGAAUGGACGAAGGAAGGAAGGGAGGAGAGAGAGGGGGUUGGAGGAAGAAAAAAAUGACUGGUUGCUUCAGGAGAAUAAACCUAGGCCAAGGAGAGCUAAGUUACAACUAUCGCUUAAAGCCAAUAUUUUUUUCUCUUUGUUUUACAGUGAAUACGUUAAAAUAAUCGAUGGGAGCGGUACGACUGUGUUUACUCGCUACUCAAUGACUUCUCAAAAACCUUUCGCGGAAGUUUCUUUUGGAAACUCUGAGAAUAUCACCGUUCAAAUCUAUCAAGAUAGAAGUAACAGUAAUGUCAGGCUUCAAUUCGGAAUUCUACAGCAGGGAUUGCAAUCGGGUUAGUUUCAUCCUUAUAGUGUACUUGACUUUAAUAUUGCGAACUUUUGUAUUUUGCAUCUUAUACAACUACCUACAUAGCGGUGUUACCCAAAGAAAGUGCAAAUCUUUUGGCGGUUCACAGUGUUUUGUUUGUAAAGUCAUUCCAUUGAAAAAGACUCACACUCCCCGACAAUUUCUUAAUUUGUAAAACAAAAAAAAAAAAUCCGAAGAGUAACAUGGAAUUGUUUUAUCACAGCAAAAAAAUAAAUAAUAUAAUAAUAAAUGAAUGAUGAGUUUUCGAGGAUAUUAAGGACGGUGCCCACUAAUGGGAAGUAUUUUUUCCCAGAUAAUGACUAUGUGAGACAAGUAGAUCAUAUCGGGGCUAUUGAAAUCCAAAAAGAAAACUGGGGGUAACCACGCAUUUUUCAGAGAUAAGUGCGCUUCAAUAUGGAGAAAAACGCUGAAUGGGCAAUUUUAGGAAAAAUAAUAAAAAGUUAUUUUUUCCCCAAAUUUCAGAGUGUACACGUGAACUGGCACAAAUGCAAUGAUAAUUUAACAAAGUUUCAAAAUAAGCAACAAAUGAUAACAUAACAACUGCUCUUUAUACAUCUUUGUUUGAAAUAUCAGCACAAGUGGGAAGUUAUCAGUAGUCACCCCUCUCCAAGCGUUUGCCUCAAAAAUAGUGUAAACGACAUUUUCCCCGAACCAAAAAUUGAUCGUUUGCUGAGUAGGCUUAUUAAUUUUAUUUGGUGAGAUAAGAAGUAGGGGUUACCACGCGUUUUUAGAAGUUAAAUUGGUUGGUUUCGACCUUAACUUAAUCGCUUUGGGGGUUAUUUACAAUUUUCCCCAUCCACUCCCCGGUCAGUUUCACUAUUGCUUCACUCAACGCGGAGUACUCUGGGAUAUCCACAAUGGCUAACAGUCAGAGAACAAACAACAAAUUUUAUUGAAAAUUGGAAAAUAACUAAUUACAUUACUUUCCCACCCGCAAAUAGCUUAUGAACUAAUCGAGGCGGGGGGAGCUGAAGACAUAUUACAAAACAAGAAUUAUAUAUAGAUGGACUAAAUAACAGUGAAGACACUACAAUACAGUAAAUAGAGUUUAAACUAACAUAAAACAAAAAACAAAAAACAAGGCAUGUACAUAACGAUUACGAAGAGAGGUUAACUAAAGUAUUAAAUAACUUAAUAAGACGGGAGACUUCGACAUAAUCAUCUUCUGACCGCAAAAAAUUUAGUAAUAAUUCCUUUAUUUUUUUACGAAAGGACGAACGUUUAAGUAUUUUAAUCGAAUACGGAAUAGAGUUCCAAAUUUGGGCACCGAUUCUCGCGAAAAAGGCAUACAUUUUAUCGGUUCUAGAGAACUUAACAUAAAACGAGUCGCUAGAGACAGAUCUUGUUCUGUAGUUAUGAAUCUGACUUGUUUUAACGAACUGAUUGAGAAUACUAACUGGUGCUGUCUGUCUGUUGAUAUCGUACAAUAAAUAGCUACAAUCUCUGAAAAAUAUGCUAGGCAGGGGAAGGCAAUUUGAUUUGAGAAAGAAGGGUACGGCGUGUUCCUUAGACUUACUGAAGUAAAUGAGACGUAAGGCCCGUUUUUGUAGAGUUACGAUCUUUCGUUGAAAUGUCAAGGCACAAUUUCCCCAACCACAAAUACCAUAAGUCAAGUAAGGGACAAUUAAUGAGUUGUAAACUGAAAGUAAAACACGACGCGGGACAUAAUGUCGAAUUUUAGCUAUAAUUCCUAUCGACUUGCUGAUUUUGUGACAGACAGAUUCGAUGUGGUAUUUCCAUGAAAGAUUUGAAUCAAUCAUUAAGCCAAGGUAUUUUACAUAAUAUUUCAUUUCAAGGUUUGCGUAGGUGUUAGUCACGGAGUCAAAAAUUCUAAUCCUAGGUAUGAAGGGCAUAUUCUUUUGCCGGGGACGAAAGAUUACAAAAUUUGAUUUUUUUAUGUUCGAGGACAGUUUGUUGGCCUUUAGCCAUUCGUUGACGUUGCCAAGCUCGCGAUUAACAAGUGUUUCGAGUUCCUUUAGGUUGUUAUUUGCAAGUAUUAUACUAGUAUCGUCAGCAAAUAGAUAAAAGGCAAAUAACGAAGAGGACUUGUAAAUAUCAUUGAUGUACAGUAGGAAUAAGAGUGGUCCGAGGACUGAGCCUUGUGGCACGCCGCACAAGGUCGUUUCAGCCUCAGACACAACAUUAUUAACUUCCGUAGUUUGCUUCCGAUCAGUCAGGUAUGAUAUGAACCAGGAGUUUAUUACACCUCUAAUACCAUAAUUUUCAAGUUUAGCUAACAAAAUUUCAUGGUUAACAGUAUCAAAAGCCUUUUUGAGAUCGAUGAAAACACCGCACGAAAAUUUACCGUUGUCCAUGUUUUGGAGAAUUGUGUUAACAAUAUCAAACUUGGUAACUCCGGAGUACAUAAGUUUUUCAAAAAUCCUGUUAUAAAUCGAGAGCAGAGAAAUAGGUCGGUAGUUUUCGGACAGCGUGUCAUCUUCGUCCUUAAAUAUCGGGAUAAUCUUAGCACACUUUAGUUUAGAUGGAAAAAUCCCUGAGCAAAUAGACUGAUUAAAAAUCGUGGCUAGAGGUACGGAUAUGACCCUUUUUGCUAAUUUCAGCAGCCUAACUGGAGAUGAGUAGAGACCAUGGGCCUUGUUGUCUUGCAAAACUGAAAUUUCUAAAUUGAUAUCUUCCGGAAUAAUAGGAUCAAAGAAGAAAGUGCGAUUAAGUGGCGGAUCUAAAUAAUCAUAGAAUGUAUUUAUGGUCUGAGGAAUUUUAGAAGCCAGUUUGCUCCCAACAGUGGCGAAAUAUUUGUUAAGAAUAUUGCUUAUUUCCUUCGGGUCACUAGUUGGAACCUCAUUCGGGUUUGAGCGAAUAGAGUUAGUUGAGUUGCGCUUGUUUUUCUUUUUACAGUUUCCAAUUAGCUCGUUAAUUCCUUUCCAAGUUUGACGCAUAUUACAUAUGUUGAGAUCAAAGAGACUUUGGUAGUAGUUCGCUUUACUUAAUCUCGUAAGAUAAAUGAUUUUAUUUCUGUAAAAUUUGUAUUUGUUACGUUCUGAGGUAUAGAAGAGGUUAUUCUUUACCCUGAUUGAUUUUCUUAAACCCGCCGUCAGCCAUGGUUUAGCAAGGAAUUUUUGUUUACGAUUGGAUAUACUUCUUAAAGGAGCGUGUUUGUUAAUUGUCUUGUUGACGCAUUUGUAAACCUGGAAAACGAUUGAUUGGCAUCGAUAUGUUUGCAAAUAUUAUUCCAAUUAAUAUUCUGCAAGUCGUCAAUGAAAUACUUUGCAUUGAAGGUAGAAUAGUCACGAACCUUAGUUUUGUUGUUUGGAAAGAAUGGUUUACAGUGCGACGAUAAUAUGCACAUCUGAGAGAAGUGAUCUGUUGUAUCGGACACGAUAUUGCCGCUGACUAUAUUAUUCUCAGGAUUAUUUAUGAAAAUAUUGUCAAUUAAAGUUGCUGAAUUACCAUAGACUCUAGUCGGCUUAUCAACCACUGGGAACAUUGAAAAACUUUGCAUUGUUUGGAGCAAGGUUUGUGUGUAACUACAAGUUUCAUAUUUUAACAGAUCUAUGUUGAAGUCUCCCAUGAGAUAAAUAUUUUGAUUUUGACGGCAUUGGCGUUCAAGAAAAUCUGUCAAGUAUUCUACAAACUCAUUAGCGUUAUUGUGUUGCCUAUAAGUAACACCACAUACAGAUUUCUUAUUGUUAGGCAGAUGAAGUUCAAUCCAUAGGGCUUGAUAGCAAGAAUUGGAGACUCGUUCAAGGACGCGGUAUUUACAAUUUUGAUCAAUGAACAGGCCAACACCACCGGCAGAUAAAGGUGUUGGGACCGAUUCAAAACAGUAUCCUGGUAAAGAAAAACAAAACACAAAGAAAACACAAAGAAAACACAAAGAAAACAACAACACACGGAGGAGAGCAAAAACAGAAAGUGAAGUGGGACAUUUCAUGGACUCAAAGGAAAACAAAUUAUACUAUUUCAUUCAACUGGAGCUUCUCCGCCUCAAACAUUUAGCAAAACUUUUUGGAGAAGAGUAGUCUCCAAGGUAUUAGAGAUUACUUGCGAGCUUAAGAUCAACGGCUGGUGCUGUAAACAAACUACUCUACUGUAGUGGAAAAUAGUCGACAGGGACUCUAAGACAGGUUAUACUCCUUCAAUCGUUUGCUUACCCGUACAUGUCCUCAAGAUUUUUUGAACUGUAGGUGUAAUAUGAAUUGCAAACCUUCUAUCGUUUUUUUUAUCAUUUUACCGGGUACCUCUAUCGAAUAUGUUAUUAAACUUGCAUACAUUCAAUGAGUUUAUCUGUGCUUAUCUGUGCUUAUCUGUGCUUUGCGCUAUCUCUUUCGGGCUUUGCCACAAGUGUCAUAUGACAUAAAUGAUUUGCAUAGACUCAAAAUGUCCAGAUUAGGUGUGGUGUGAAAUUGAACCUUAAGAAUUACUAUCUACAAGACAAGCUGCCAAUGAGUCAAUAAUUUCAAUGCUUAGUAAUGCCAAAAUGCUUAAAUAUUAAUGAUAAUAGUAAAAAGCAUAACAAUCUUUUUACCAUUUUUUCCACUAAGAAAGCGUUUCCUUUGCGGUUCGCAACUAUUUGUGAAGCAGCGAUCUCAGCAAUCCAAGCAAUCUUGUAAAAGUUUUUUUCUUGUUUGUUCAACUAAUAAAAGCCUCGGACUCUCAAUAAAAGGGCCAUAUGUAUGUACUCUAACGCUUUAAAUCUAUCUUCCGAUGAAUAAUUACAUAAAAUCUUACAAAAUUAAAGAAAUAUUCGGGAAAGUGUUUAUAGCCGAUUAGCCGAUAAAACGCGAAGGACGCGAGUGAAAGGUAAGCUUGCAGUUUCUCGAUUAAGCUGAGGACUUAGAAUUAUUUUCGUUCUGAUUUACUGAUCCUUGCCUAUUAAGGGAUUUUUUAAUACCCAAGCUCUAAGCGUAACAUCUUGAAGUAGCAACUUUUGAUGUUUUAGAAUUGACUUUUGUUUGACUAUAAAAUAUUCGGUCAGAUCGAUCAUAUGUAGAAAUAGCAACAUGCGCAUACUUCUUCGGUUUUCAAAGAACUGACAAGGUAAAUGGAAAUUAUUUAUUUUUCAUCGUUGAAAAACGAUGCAUCUUUUCCACAAGAAAUAACUAGAACCUCCCAGAAUUAGAGGAGACAAAACCAGUCCGCGUGUCCUGCUUGGUGCGCAUUUCUUUCGCGUCGCGCGCGACUACCUUGGCGGGCACCAUCCUUAAGGAUCUUUGUUCUUGCUCAUGUAUACUCCUGUAAAAAUUCAUUUUGGUCCUGGAUCUCAGUUUUUCCCCUUUGGUUACGCAUGUCAAUUUUCCAUAUUUAUCCAUACAUCCAUACAUAUUUUCUAAACUGACAUUUUUUUCUCUACAAAAAUGACCAAAGCAUAAAUUAGAGCAACUGGCAAAAAAGGGUCUAGAUGCUUGCUUUCAAACGAAGUCCAUGUAGCUUUUACAACAGUAGAACUGGAGUGGUUUUAACGUUAACUAGUUUACCACAACAACAACAACAAUACACAAAAAUGUCUAAUAAUCACCCUAGAAAGCACUCCACGUGAAUUGCACUAAUAUAUCAAUUCUAAACUCAGCUGAAAUAUUCUAAACAGAUUACACAAAGUUCGUUUGAAAGGGGUUCCUAUUUUUAGACGAGAAUGAUGCAGUAAGCCUUUCUUUCUCAAUAUUCGGCUACCUGCAGUCCUGCACAAACAGAUUUGGCUGGUGCCCAUCAGAAUCUAAGCGUUUCUCCUGACUGUGAAAUUUAGUGUUCUCGAACUCUACCAUCGCUCUAACCUUCUUUAAGAUCACCAAGUAAUUAACUUUCUUGCUUCCUCUUUAGCCCAGCUAGUGUCUAAUUGGAGUGUGUCUAUUGAUAAUAAGACAGCAAAGAGUAUGCAAGUUUCUUGGCAAGAUCUAGCAACCUUGCUGGACCAAAGCAUUCUUCACUAUAUAACCGUCAUAAAAAGUAGCAAUGGAAGCAUCGUGAAUGGAAAUAUCCUGCACAAAAACAUCACAUCCAACGUUUUCUAUGGGCUGUUACCGUAUAUGGAAUAUCGACUCACUGUUCUGUGUGUAAAUGAUAACUGGAAGGUUUACAAGAGUUCAGAGGUUACAGAGUUCACUGAGGAGUCGGGUGUGUUUAUAACAUUACCAGCGCAAUUAUGUUAUUGGUUGCCUUGCCUGCGAAAGCCCAGUAUCUAACCUAUUCAUGAUAGACCGUUUCCGAGUGACAUCAAGCUUCUGUUUCAACGCGAGGCUAAGUGUGAAGCCAUUGAUAUGAAAUGAUUUUUUAUUGUCAUGCUUACAUAAAAAGUCAUUUUCAGUCGCGUUUAGAAAGUAGGAGUGUUUGGAACUCGGAAAUGGCCCAUUAAUCCUUGACAUCAAUGCCAUGUAGGAAAUGUCAAUCAAGGUAUUUUAAGCGUUAAAUGCACGCCAGAAGGUUGCUUAUGAUUUUCUAGGAUUAACUAUGUUCCCCUCUCCAUGCACUUUUUCGGGCAGCGUCAAAUUAUCGAGCGCGAAAAUUUAAUCGGAAGUUGGCAAAAUGGCUUUGCAAAGUAUUAUUGAACCUACUCUAGCGCUAUUCAGACCUGUUUUGCUGGGUGGUGGCACCCCCAGUCUGAGGUUAAAGCACCUGAACACGUAGAAAACGAUUGGAAGUCUUUGGCUCCAUCCAAGGUGGUUUCAGCCUAUCGUUGCAUAGCUCUCGUGAAAAUGGACUAUAUAAUUUUUAAUCGACUAAAAAAAAUAGGUUUGGUCGUACAUGUGGAUACUAAAAAGCUGAUAAAAUUGCUUGCAUCGAUUCUUGUAAUAAUUAUAGCUGUCAGCGUUCUUCUAUCGUUAUCAUUGGCAUUUUUAUUACUAUUAUUAAAUUAUUAUUAUUAUUAUUAUUAUUAUUGCUUAGUUGCGGUGAUAGGGUGCCAAAGCAAAUCCUCUAAUGAGAAGUCUUAAAAUGCAAAUGUACCCCUGUCUAACAGCUUCACACGUUUUAUUUCUCUCUAGUUCCUGGUCGUGGACCUAACAAUAUAGCGUUCUCUGAAGUAACAACAACGCAGUUCAAGGUUACUUGGAAUCCUCUUCCUCAGAGGUUUCACAAUGGACGAUUGUUGGGCUAUAGAGUUUACUUCAGGAGGAGCGCCUAUUAUCCAAAUCCAUUUAAUAUAAGCAGUGUAGUCACUAACAGUCCUAACAUGACAUGGGAAGUUAUAACAGGACUUGGACCAGCUCAGCGCUAUGAUGUUUCUGUGGCGGCGUAUACAUUGAAAGGAGAAGGGCCCCGUUCUGCUCUUCACUACAUUACCACAGGUAAAGUUAAUCUCAAUUAAAUUAGAUAAUUUUAUUUAAAGUAUGAUGAUGAUGAUGAUGAUGAUAAUAAUAAUAAUAAUAAUAAUAAUAAUAAUAAUAAUAAUAAUAAUAAUAAUAAUAAUAAAAAUAAUAAUAAGACUAACACGUGAAAAAAUGACGAUGUGUGAGUAUGGGGGAAAUUGGGCACGUCCCAAUCGGAGGAAUGAGGGGAGCGGGGGCUCUGCUCAGGGUAUGUUUCUUUGGGUACCUCAAACAAGGCGAUCCGAUUUCACCAUUGAGCAUCUUGAACAGAGUGUCUUUUUGGACCGGAUACGUUUUGAACAGAGGAUGAACUUUGACAGAGUCCGGUCUGUUUACAUUGUACCUUUAUCAAUAUUUUAGAAAUACAACCCUGUAAGCCCCUAUUACCACAGAUAAAUUUAACCUAAAGGAAAAUAGAUUGCUUUAAUUUAAGGUAUUAUCAUAAAAAAAAACAACAACAAAAUAAGCAAAAUAAACAAACACACACACACACAAACGACGAAGACGUGCCUUGGGGUUUUAUUUUAUUUUUUUUAAUAUCGAUUAAGCUACAAUGUAGGCAGACCGCAGUUUUCUUUUAAGAAGAGAAAAAAGAAGCAAUUCAUAUAAUAGCUUUUUUUUCCCUAAGUUUUUAAAAAAUAUUUUCGUUUUAGAUCAAGAAGAAGACUUUAAAAGUGUAUCCUAAGUGCUUCUAUUUAGCGUUCAAAGCGAACUACAAGCUGUUUUCUUACUAUCUUCGUUGCAGCUUGCAGGGUGGUGGUCAAUCAAUCAUCUGGCGAUAUAAGUGUGACACAUUCCCUGUUCUGCUUCUGGUCAAUCGGGAAUGCCGGUAUCCCCCAGGCAAUUGGUCUGGUGCUAAUUCAGGAGAUAGACUUCAGUUAUUGCAGGUAUCUAUUGUUAUUGUUACUUUACUAAAUCUGUUGCCAUUAAAUGCUACAAUUAAACCCUUCUAUUAUGAGUUUGGUACCCGAUUGAUACAAGUAUUAAUCAUGAUUGAAUUCUAGAGGGAAGGAGCCUCUUAACGCUGUGUAAUAUUGCAAAAGCCUUUUAUGGCUUGUUGUGAGAACAGCUCUUAUGUUAUUUUGCGGUAGCUUUUAUUAUCUGUGAUGAAUUGGAGCAAGCAGUAAGAAGGCCAUUAAAACGUGGUAUAAACGAUGAUAAAUUAAUUCCUUCGAGCGCCUGUCAUCCUUCAUAUCUUGAAAAAAAAAAAAAAAAGGAAAAGGAAAACAUUCUCUUAACCGCUUGAUACAUAUUCUCUCAUUAUCACCACAGUGAAUAUUUCAAGAUUUUUGACGGCAAUGGGGUUCUGAAAUUUCACCAAAGCGGCUGCUCAUCCUCUGUUCGUGGAUCAUUGGUAGAGGUUCCGUUUUUUGCCUCAAACAACAUAACAGCAAGUUUCAACAUGCGUCGUUUCAGAAGUACUAUCAAGGCUGAUUACCUGAUACUGCGGACAAGCAUUCAUACAGGUGAACCCUUAUAUCGAUCACUGGCAUGUUAAAAAAACGUGUCAAAUGUACUCUAGGGCCGAGUUGUUCAAAGAUACAAUCCAGGCCAAAAGGUUUUGGGACACCUCCCCUUUUUCACUUGGUUUUGUAUGGAAUUUGCAGCUAACCUGCAAUACACACUCAUAAACACGGCCUUAACAAGUCCCCCAAACAAAUUUGAGGUCCUUAAAAGUGUACAAGAUAUGUAAAAGGUGUUUGACUUGUAGCACCCAAAACUGUUCAGGGGGGGAUGGGGGUCAACUUGAAUUACAUUUCCUCACCUAAAACACGAAGUGUCCCGAACGUUUUGACCAGGAUUGUAGGUUAAGAUAACCCAGGGUUAGUGCGAGAUUUGAAUUCAGGUUUGAAAGCUUAAAAAGAAUUUCAACUUUAAUUAUUUUUGUCUACAAGUUGAUGAAUGAAAGCUCUAAAAAUAACAGAGGAAAUUAUCCGAGAAAAUGCUUUUGAACACAAGAAAAAGAAACCCAGGUUAAAUUUAACCCCAGGUUAAGGGCUAAUCGGCCUUCGAAUAACUGGACCCAGGACUUACACCCACUUAGUUAUUGCCUUUAAGCCCAUAGUAUUGUGAGCCUAUUUCUUUUCAAAAGGACAAAAGUCCGUCGGUCAAUUCUGACUUUUGGUAAGGUCUCUGGUGUAAUGGAUAACUUUCUACUUUUUAAAACCAGGAAAAGGGAGUCCGGCAUGCGAUAAUCAUGCGUGUUUUGACCUCGUGGUAUUUUCUAUUUAUUUUAUCUUCUUAUUUCUUUUCAAUUUGAAGCUUACUUGGCGCAAGCAGCUUUUGUAAUUUAGAAUGAUUCUAUCCCUAGUAAUUGAUAUUUCAUUUUUUCUAUUUGUUCCUUGGUCUGAAUAAGAACACUUACCUGUAGAUGACUAUCAUUUAUUAAUUUAUUCAAAUAUCUUUUCCUGAGUGUGUAUCUUUUCUUAUAUCUUUUCUUGUAUUUAGCUCAAAUGCCUCGUGGCUGGAAUUUAACAGUGGAGAGCACCACCUAUUCAAGCAUAUUGAUUCGCUGGUCAAACCUUACCAACGUUCUCAACCGCAAACUUGGCCAUUACGUUGUCUUUGUAAACAGAAGGGAUAACAGUGUAACAUUGCAUCAGAUCGUGGAUGGGGAUCAAUUAACCACGGAAAUCAACGGACUCACUCAUUCAACAAAUUAUACAGUGGAAGUCGUUGGUAUUGACACAAUGGGGAAGCCAUACAAAACUCCAUCAGAAGCCACCAUGACGGCAAAUCCUAAGAGAGGUAACACCACUGUUUUUUUUUCUAUCAAUGCCGAGAAAAGUUUUAAAAGUUAAACUACUUUUAACUUUUUUUUAACUGCCAAAAGUUACCAACAUGAAUUUCCCAUCAGAGUUUUAUAAGAAAGAAAAAGUAAUGAUGAUUGAUAAAAUGAUGGCUAGAACGGCAAUGCUUUGAACCUAUAUGAGAUUCUCUUAACUAAAAGGCCCUUUGCAGCUAGCCAUUCACGUGAUACAAAACCGCCGAGCUGGAGAGCGAUUAAAGUCGCACUGACACAGGACAAUUAAAUAGUAAUUUCCUUUAUUUCAUUCAAAGAAAAAAAAACGGGAAAACUCCAUCAAUCACUCUCCACAACCAAUUCGCUGUUUUUCUCGUUGAACGAACGUCCAACAGGCAAAGCAAGUUUAGGUCAGUGCUACUCGUCGUUUGUAAGUAAACCAACAAACAUCAACAAACAAAAAUAACUGUCUUUAUUCAUUUAUGCUGUGGCUGUUUACAGGCUGAAAUUAAAUUUCUUUAGUACUUAACAAGAAACGUUUACAGGUCAUUAAAUGACAUAAAUUAAAGGGCUUUAGAAAGAGGAGAAAGAGAAAAAAAAGGAACGAAAAGUAACAGCCUUACGUGGUACACUCGCUCAAUUAUCGAGAUAAUUAAUAAAUUAGCUCAUCUAAUCUGAGCUAUUUCGAUUUUAGUUUCGAAAUCAAUAUCUGUUAAAUGAUCUUGCACCCUUGGCUUUACAGAAAAGCUGUAGACUGUUUCGACGAGAGAAAAUAACGGAGAAAAAUCUCACUUACAAAUAUUUGUCUUGGACUUCAGGUUUAAGACUAGUUGGAGGAUUUGGAAGCUGGGAAGGAAGAGUUGAAGUAUAUUACAAUAACAUAUGGGGAACUGUUUGUGAUGAUUUCUGGGAUAUACCUGAUGCACGAGUCGUUUGUCGCCAGCUGGGAUAUUCUGGUGCGGUAAGUGCCCCAAGGAAUGCCCGAUUCGGCGCCGGAACUGGUCAAAUUUGGUUGGAUGAUGUUGCCUGCUGGGGAAGUGAAAGUUCUUUAUUCGAUUGUGGGCACAACGGAUGGGGUAUCCAUGACUGCAGUCACAGAAAAGAUGCAUCGGUGAUAUGCUCUGGAGGUAUGUUGUACGUGACAAUUAAGUCGUACUAUGUGUGUUUCACUUUGUAAGGAACCAACGAUGUUGCAGAGCAUCCCGACUAAAUGCUUUAGAAAACUGAUGAGAUAAAUGCAAAAUUGGACGAAUUCUAAUGAUAUAGAGGAUACAAUAGUAAUACAGAGUUGAGGAAAAAGAUGCUUUGAGAUGCAACGUCUGAAUGAACUAAAUUCGACAGUUUCAAAUUAAAUACGAUUUUGCCGAAUCUGCAACUGAAGGAGUCGAAAAUUCGGUUUGACAUUUGAUUUAGACGACCCAUUUCUCAUGUACCGAAUAUAAUACGUUAAUAAUUGAACCAAUUAUCCAUAUUGGAUAACAAAUUGUUCAAGGGAAUAGGAUUAUUUACAACAAACGGAGUCAAAUUCGGCACUAUGAUACCGACAUCUGAAUCAACUGCCGUAUUUGAUUAUUUUAGUCGACUAAAAUAGGAGUUCGGCGCAUAAAAAAAUCCACGUUUGAACGGGGCCUAACAUGACAUACGUUUCAGCUUAGUCGUUUGCGGGCUCGUUUUUUAGAUUUUUUUUUCUUUUUAUUAACCGGCUUGUGCCAGAACUUAAGAAUCAGUUGUAAUAGUUGAUUUUACUUUCUCCUCGACAUGAUUUGUACAUCACUGGACAUGAUUUGUUUAUCAAAAGAGCAAUCAAUUUUCAUCCACCAUUUCAAUAAAAGCAAAUGGAAUCACUUCUUUCUAUAGCGGAAAACUUGGAACCGUGACUUCGUCGUGUGAAAAGAAAGUAGAGAAAGCUAACCCUUUUUAAUCAAAUUAUUCUAAGCUUUAAACUCGAAGCUUUAUAUAGUGUAAAAUAAUUAUAAUUUACUUUUACCGCGGUAUUACUCGUAAUAAUAGGGAGAGGGUGAAAUCGACAAAUUAAUGCGUGAAGGACUUAUGAUUCAGCGCCUCAGCAACUCUCGAAGGGUUGAUCUACCUAAUGCAGGAAAAGUUUUUCUUACCUUGUUAUGUCGGGGCAAAACAACUCGACUUUGCGUUAUCUCAGUGAAAAUGAUGGGGCAGGCGUCCUGCCUGUAACUGACGACGUCAUGGCACAGCUCAGAGAUAAACACCCAAGUCCACAGGAAGACCGCUUGGGUUCUUUGCUUUACGGGUCAGUAGAGAACGUCCCAGACACAAUUUAUCAACAGAUAAAUGGGGAAAUGGUACGGGACGCGGCCUUGCGGACAAAUGCUUCUGGGGGUCCUUCAAGCGUUGAUGCGAAUGGGCUCCGGAGAAUUCUUGCAUCAAAGUCAUUCAACAAGUCUGGGACAGGCCUGUGCGCAUCAACAGCAGCAAUGACAAAACGCUUAAGCACUGCAUAUAUCGAUCCUCUUAGUAUUGAGGCAAUUUUAGCUAAUCGACUCAUCCCCCUGGACAAAGAAGUGGGCGCUGUCCGGCCGUUCGGUGUCGAAGAAGUUAUACGGAGGAUAAUGGGAAAGUGUGUUAUGAUCGUGACAAAGUCCGACGUCGUCGACGCAAGUGGCUCCCUUCAAGUUUUUGCAGGGUAGAAAAGCGGAAGUGAAGCUGCAAUUCAUGCAAAGCGCAGUAUUCUCAAAGCAAGUGAAUCGGUUGCUGUUCUGCCAAUCGAUGCAUCAAACGCCUUUAACGGCCUGAACAGAGCUGCAGCACUACAUAACACCCGAAUACUGUGCCCGACCCUGGCUACCUACGUGAUAAACACCUAUAGACAAGCUGCGUGUCUCUUCAUUACGGGCGGCGAAGAACUAAUAUCAGCAGAGGGCACCACACAGGGUGACCCUCUCGCCAUGAGCCUUUACGCCAUAAGUCUUCAAACACUUUUAAAGCGAUUGCAUGUCUCAAGCGCAGCAAAACAGUGCUGGUUUGCUGAUGACGUAACCGGAAGUGGUUCUCUGCACGACGUGAGAAAAUGGUGGGAUGAACUAUCAGAGAGUGGUCCUGCGCUUGGCUACUUCCCUUAUACCCAAGAAACGUUGGUUGAUCAUACAACCGCAAUUUAAACAGGCUGCCAUGGAGCUAUUAAGAUCCCCAUAGACGGCCACAAGCAUCUAGGCCCUUCUCUAGGAUCAAGAUCAUCCUUUAAAGAAUACGUUGGGGAAAAAGUAGGCGAAAAGGUCAAUGAAGUUACUAAACUCGCGGCGUUUGCCAUAUCACAGCUGUCACUGUUGGACAUAUCUUAAGAACACUACCGGAUACUUCAGAAUUACUGGAGCCAAUUGAGCGCGCAAUUAAUGAGGUUCUGAUAUCAGCUGUUACCGACCGUACAGUCACCAAGUAGAGCGCGACCACCCUUGUUUUUCUGUGCGCGCGGGAGGCCUUGGAUUCACAGAUCCUGUAGUGACCUCAUCUUCUGAAUACGAGGCUUCAGUCCAAGUCACUAAUCCGCUCGUGAGGUAA